AUGUCGCUGAUCGCCGUGACCACUUCACAAGGACUUUCAGUCAUCUCAUCUAGUGCUCUACAGGCAUCCAAUCCGAACCCUGCCCCUAUAUUCACCGCUGCUUUGACUCCUCCCUCCCGCAUACCUUCAUCGUGUAUAAGCUGGUCUUACGAUGGUUCAUCUAUCUUCGUAGCCUCUGGAGGAUCUGUUUCUGCGUAUGAUCCAACUUCGGGCGCCUGGUUACGGGAUGUCAUUCGGGAAGGCGAAGGCGGAAUUGGCGGCGCCAAGUUGGGUGCUAUGGCAGUAAUCGACGGUCCCGAUACACCCGGACUUAUGCUCGCACUCGCUAGAGGUCCAAGGGCGGUUAUCUUCGAUACUGAAGCCAGACGCGCAGUCCUUACCAUUGAGGGCCACAAGUCAUCUAUCCAGGCUAUGUCUGUCGCAUGCGAUCAAUCUCUGUUGGCUACAUGCUCGGGUGAUUCCACGAUGGUUACGAACAUCCCCCAGCAAUCUACCGUAGUGUUACGAGGGGCUCCUGCCGGCGCCCUGGCGGCUGCAUUUCACCCAUCACGCCGGACGACCCUGUUGAUUCUCAGUCCAAAAGGCCUCCAUGUAUUUGACACGACCAAGGGAGGUGCUCCAAUUCGGACCAUCCCCAUCAGCAAAGUUGAAGGCACCAGUGCUUCUAUUGCCUUUUCGUCCUCUACUUCCUCUCUAGUCGCUGUCGCUCUUCCUGGGCGAGACAGUCGCGUCGUGCUGCUCGAUAUUGAUAAGGACUCGAGUCUGCUUAAGAAAUUCAACGUUGAAGAAAACGUCACUGCCAUGUCUUUCUCGCACGACGGAGCUACGAUCAUCGUUACUUCUGAGACCGGCCGAGUCAUGCAACUCAACCUGCGCAGCACAGAUGCACCUAGCCAGGCGGUCGCCGUUGACCCUGCUGGUGGGAGGAUUGGUGGCAUGGCGCUUGUCGCAGAAUCACCAACGUCGUCCAACACGCUCCCUCGAGCCCGCCCAGCUCGGACAGACUCUCUCCCUAACCUCCCCACUGCCGACUCACUCCGAAUCAAAGCAUCCGUGUCGGAUCUACGCGGUGGAACCUUGCGUAAAAGACCAUCCACCCUUGACAUUGGCCCCAAAUCACCCGAAUCUCCGCGCAUCAGCUCCCCCGAAACUCUGCGGAACAGGUCACCCCAGCUUGCGCGCACGAAAUCAUCAGUGGCUGAUCUACACAAAAGGUCUCCGUCGGGAGAUUUGAAGACCAAGGUUUCUCCUGGAGCACUUCGCGUCAAGGCCGGAGUCGAAAAUAAAAUCAGCAGAGUGAGGGAGGGGUUGUCCAAGGCUACAAGAGACACAAUCAGCAGGGCCAGUAGGCCCUCUCUGGCAGAUUUAAAGACCGCAGCUGGAACGCCGAGCCCUGGAUCAAAGGUAUCCAGUGCCAAUGGUUCUCCUUUGACCAAGAAUGAUCGGGAAUCUACAAUUUCCCCGACAUCGAGGCGUCAAACACAAACCAUGCCUCGCCGCUUAACUUCCGAUGGCUCUCGACCACCGACUAUUGCUCAAAUCUUUGCUCAAGACGACGCGGCUUCUACCAUGAGAACCCGGUCCCCGAGUCAGAGCACAGUCCCAUUGUCUGCCGUGUCAAGCCAGUCUUCUUUAUCAAAUGGAAGGAGUACGCCCCUAAGCACCCGCCCUUCUUUGCGAUCCACGACUCCCAACUAUACCCCUGGUGUACCGGCUGGGUCAGCGACGUCGGACGAACCAGAGGAGCAAAUUCUUGUUCCCCGUCCCGGCGACAGGGAGCGCCCUUGGAGCCGGCUAGGAGAAGAGCGAGCCAGAAGUCGACUGGGCAACGAAACGCCCAAGCUCCCAACCUUACCCGCCAUCGAAGAUCGCCCGCGGAGUCGUAUCGGUACUGAAGAUAGGCCUCGCAGCCGCGCAUUUGAAGACAGACUUGUCAGUGAAUCCGAGCGCGAAAGGCCUUCGAGCCGGCUGUUCAGGGACGGCACCGAUAGGCCCGCCAGUCGCGCAGGUACUCUAGGCGCUUCUGGUUCCGCAACUCUCGGGUUGGGACGCCCAACCGGGUUGGCCAGACGUUUCUCAACGGAUCUGAAGCCAGCACCAGAAGCGAUGAGAGUGGUUUCCGAGUCUGGAAUUACGCGCGAGCGUGCCGAAACGUUUGGGAGCUUGAGAGACCGGCCUGAGCCUGUGUUGAAGAAACGCGCCUCUGCCAUCUUCAGGGAACAAUCCGAUGCUCUGUUCCGAGAACGGGAACGUGAACGUUCGUCAACCCCUUUGAGCGGUUCUUCGACGCGUAAUUCUGGCAAGCGGGUCGGAUGGGUCGAUACCGAAUCGCCAUAUGUUUCUGCGCCCCUCGACACGAUUUACACCCCGGCGCGACCUCGCUCGGGACUUGCAAACAACUCAGUCUCGGGGUCGAACUCGUCAGACGAGGAUGAGAGUGACUGCGCGCAUCGUGGAUCUAACGCACUGUUAGUUACUCCCCGUCGUGGGUUGGCGGCCGCGUUGGGAGCCGAGGUAUAUGCAGGAGAGACUCCGACGAACAAGGGCAAUAGCACUUCAAUGACCAAGACUCAGGCACAAGAUCUUUUGAGGAAUAUUGUGUCGGAUGUUAUGUUUGAGUUCAGACAAGAGACAAAAGAGGACGUGCGUGGAUUGCACUUGGAUUUACUUCGGGCUUCAAGAGGGUGGAAGAGCGACUUGAAAGAGUACCUAGGAGACACCUUAGAAGAGCUCCGUUUGGUCAAGGAAGAAAACGCGCGACUACGAGCCGAAAUUGCACGUUUGCGACGAGGGUACUAG